CUGUGGUAUUUUGAAUAUUUUUAUUGAUAAAAGAUUUAUAUAAUUAGAUGAAUUUGAGAAAUGUGUUGAUUAUUUGCUAAACUUUAAUUGCUGUGGAUUAAGUGAUUUGCUAUUAAUGGUUCUAUUGUAGAAAUAUCUAAAUAACCUGACAAGAAUGAAUACUGCUCAGAUAUACUUUAGAAACGGAUAAAUAAAUCUUCAAAAAAACAUUGCUCAAUAUGUCAGAUACUAGGCGAAGAGUAAAGUUAUAUGCCCUGAAUGCACAAAGGCAGUGGGAUGAUAGAGGCACUGGUCAUGUGUCUUGUGUAUAUAUUGAAAGAUUGAAAGGAAUUUCAUUAAUGGUCCGUGCUGAGUUAGAUGGUACAUUAUUAUUAGAAUCAAAAAUUCAACAUGAUACUACUUACCAAAAACAACAAGAUACUCUUAUCGUUUGGUCAGAGGGUGAUAAUUUUGAUUUAGCACUUAGCUUUCAAGAAAAGGCUGGUUGUGAUGAAAUUUGGGAAAAAAUUUGUCAAGUUCAAGGAAAAGAUCCAUCUGUGGAAAUAACACAGGACAUUGUAGAAGAGUCUGAAGAUGAGCGUUUUGAUGAUAUGUCUGAUAAUGCUCCCCCUAUUGAGCUGCCGCCUUGCGAAUUGUCAAGAUUGGGCGAAAUAAGUGAAAUGAUCGCGCAAUGUUUAACAUCUCAAUUGCGCAAAGAUAAACUAGCUGCUGCAAUAGAGUCUGACAAUUAUAUCCGAAAAUUGUUAAAUCUUUUUCACAUGUGUGAAGAUUUGGAAAGCAUAGAGGGUUUGCAUCAUCUUUAUGAAAUAUUUAAAAACAUAUUUCUCUUGAACAAAAAUGCACUGUUUGAAGUCAUGUUUGCGGAGGAAACAAUUUUUGAUGUUGUUGGCUGUCUGGAGUAUGAUCCUAGCUUAAGUACACCCAAAAAGCAUCGAGAUUACUUGAAAAUGUUGGCCAAAUUUAGAGAGGCAAUACCCAUAAAAAGCCCUGAUCUUUUAGCCAAAAUUCACCAAACUUAUAGAGUGCAAUAUAUUCAAGAUAUUGUUUUACCAACUCCUUCUGUGUUUGAAGAUAACAUGCUUAGUACACUAUCUAGUUUUAUAUUUUUUAAUAAAGUAGAAAUUGUAACAUUAAUUCAGGAGGAUGAAAGAUUUACUGACCUGUUUUCUUUAUUGACCAAUGAAAAAACUUCAGAUCUGAAAAGAAGAGACCUUGUAUUGUUUCUUAAAGAGUUUUGCAAUUUUUCACAAAAUUUGCAACAACCUGGUAAAGAGGCAUUCUAUAAAACACUGACAAGCUUAGGAAUUCUUCCUGCUUUAGAAAUAACACUUGGUAUUGAGGAUCAAAAAACUAAAACAGCAUCGAUAGAUAUUUUGACCUACAUUGUUGAAUUUUCACCAUCAGUUGUUCGAGAAUAUACUUUGCAGCAAGCAAAUAAUGUGGAAGAGGACCAACUUCUUCUAAAUAUAAUGAUCCAGCAAAUGCUUGUUGAUCAAGAUCCUGAACUGGGAGGAGCUGUUCAAUUAAUGGGAGUUCUAAGAAUGCUACUCGAUCCAGAGAACAUGCUUGCUUCGAACACGAAAACAGAAAAAACUGACUUUCUUAAUUUUUUCUAUAAACAUAGUGUGCAUACACUCAUAGCGCCGUUGUUGGAAAAUACAACAGGAGAAAAGCCACUACAAGAAGAUUAUCAUACUGUACAGUUAUUAGGUCUGGUUCUCGAAUUAUUAUCUUUCUGUGUGGAGCAUCACACAUAUCAUAUUAAAAAUUGGAUACUCAAUAAAGAUCUUUUGCGGCGUAUUUUGGUUCUCAUGAAAUCAACCCAUACAUUUUUGGUUCUUUGUGCUUUGCGGUUUAUGAGAAAAAUAAUUGCCCUAAAAGAUGAAUUUUACAAUCGCUAUAUAAUCAAAGGCAAUUUGUUUGCUCCAGUUAUCGAUGCAUUCCUUAGGAAUAACGGACGCUAUAAUCUACUAGACUCUGCUGUUCUAGAAUUAUUUGAAUUUAUAAAAUUAGAGGAUAUUAAAAGUUUGUGCUCACAUGUUGUGGAAAACUUUGGUAAAAUUCUAGAUGAAGUAGAAUAUGUACAAACAUUCAAAGCACUAAAAACUAGGUAUGAUCAACUGAAGGACAGAGAUCGUGGAGGAAUUUUAGAUGGAGUACCCUCUAUUUUACGUAAUUCACGAUAUCAUAGAGAUCAGCGGCAACUGGAAGAGGAAGAAGAAAUGUGGUUCAAUGAAGAAGAGGAAUUUGAAGAUGGUGGUGAUUCUGUUGUACCGGCACAUAAAAUUGAUACAGACUUAGACUCUUUAGGUAAAAUAAUUGAAAAAAAGGCACCAGAAACUAAUGGUCCUUUAACAACACGUUUAUCAAAUGCCACUCCUAAUAAUGCUCAAAAUACAACAAAACCUGUAGCUAAUAAUCCAAUUAUGACUGGUACAACCACUUUGCAUAAUAAUAAUACAUCACCUGAUAGCAGUCCGAGAGGUUCACCGGGUAGUCCUGACAGUCCAGGGCAAAAUAAUAACCCAAACAAUGAAACAGUAGCAGCCCCAGUAGCAUCUGCUAUAGCACAGGGAUCUUUAUUCAAAAAGGGACUUGUUGAUUAUGAUGGCGAUUCUGAUGAGGAGGAAGAUGACGACAUUUCCAAUGUUUGUACCCCAGUAGCAAAACGAGCCCGACUCACAUGAAAAUCUUCGAAAUGUUUUAAAAGGAUAUCCAAAAACCCAUGGAUGUUUUGGUAAAUAGAUAAGAAAUUAUAACACACAAUACCUCGAUGUUAUGACUUUUAUAAAAAAAAACAUGAAAAAUAAGAGAAACAAUUUGUGAGUGAUCUAAUAUUAUCUAUGAAUUUGUGAGGCUGGUUUGAUUGGAUUUUUAAAUGAGUAACAGAUUCAAACAUGUUAAAGGACAAUGUAUAAAUCUUUGCAUAUCUGAGUGCACAAAU